UCGAGGUGUUAUCAUAGUCGAUAGCGAUGUGUUUUCGAACCAUAAUGGCUCUGAAAUUAAUUUGUGUGGCUACCUUUGCUGUUGUGAUACCAUUGUCAGCUUUUAACCAUAGUGUCGCGAAAAAAGAAUCCGAUUUUGACAACAUAUGGGAAACAACAAUAAAACAAGAAGAAUUUGACGGCAUGCCACUACCCGAGAAUUCAGAUAUACCGACUGUCACUCAAAUUACACCGGCAAUUGUGAAAAUCGGACAACGCUACGGUGUCCCAUACACACAAAUGUUGGGAAAAAAGAAACAUCAAUCUCCUGGUAAAAAAAACGAUUUCAUGGAGCACGUGGUGGGCGCGUCGCUCAUGUCAGGAGGCACACUUUUGUCACUGGGCGCAUUGGCGCUGGUCGUGAUGGCUAGCAAAGCUCUGCUGUUCGCGUUCGGUUCUAUUAUGUUGACGUGCUUGAGCUCCGGCUGGAUGACAGGGUGGCAUAAGCCUGGGGAUAAAGCAGGUACCGUAUACGAAGUGGUCGCAAAACCGCAGAUCACGCACGGUCACAGCUACUCGUCGGAAGUUCAUCAUGAACCUUAUGCAGCAGCGUACCCACAGCAGCAGCAGUCCAUCGGAGAGUACUACAGCGGAUAUCCGGUACAGCCGCAUUGAUGUGAUGAUAGCCCGUAACACUCUUAUUCAGUUAUCCGUCACGAUCACGAUUAUUAUUAUUUAUUAUUAUUAUUAUUAUUUAUUAUUAUUGUCAUUAUUAUUAUCCUUAUAAUAUUAUGAGUGUUAUUAUUAUUAUUAUUAUUACUAUACUGUUGAAUUCGAUUGUCCUUCUCGAAAAAAAUAUAAUAUAAGGACCUACGAAGAGUUACAUCUAAACUCAUUGAUUUAAUUUGGAUUAAUUAAUCUGGAUUUGUAGAGCGACACUGGUAAUCAUAUAUAAAUGGCAAGAUGACAAGUCAGACGAUCAGAAAAAAAGUGAUCUAUAGAAUGCAAAUCUGCUGAGAUUGAAGAAAGCUGCAAGGAACAGCAAACGAGUCGACGGGCCUAAAAAUGUCAAUUUAUACAAGAAGAUGAAAAUAUUCGACUGUCGUAUCUCGUAUGUUCGUAUUUUCGCGGAAAUCGCGUCGGAGAAAACUCGGUGAAUCGUCAUGCGUUAUUAUUUUAUUCGCCGAUGUGAUUUUAUUGUCAUUAUUAUUAUUAUAACCGAUUUCCGUACGCGUUCCCGUCAAUGACGAUGUCAACGAGUUUCCACAACUUUACACGGGUUCCCUCCGUGUCUGGAGUAUAUCCUUGAAUAAUAAAAACGUCUCCCAUAUAUUAUUAAAUUCGAGCGCAACUAUUAUUGUACAUUAUAUCGCAUAAUGUGUUAGGCGGACCGACAGUAGCUGCAUUUCACGCAUUUUGUCCCGAAAACAAUGCGAUUUCUCGUCGAAUAUCAUCACGUUUAAU